AGGCCAAGCUCGGCAGCUUCUGGUAGGCCCGGUUGGGCAGAGGCGGGAAACGGCGGCGAACAGCUACUUCGAUGGCCGACUCGCGGGGAUACUGAGCAGCGCCCGUGCCGGCCGGCGCCAUGGGUCCCGCCGCGUUGGGGUUGUAACCGUCACAGGGAGGUGAAUGGAGAAAAUGUGACUUCCCAGGAAGAUGAAACCAAGUGGUUUGAAAAGCAGCAGCAAAGGACAGUUUCCCUGUGAUAUGCAAGGAAGAACAGAAAGAAGCAGGCCUCCCUCAAAAACUGUGAAGAAAGAGUCCACAAAGUCAGAUAAAUUAAAAUACAAGCCACUUACUGGGAAGGUGUUUUACCUUGACAUUCCAUCUAAUAUCCUUUCUGAGAAAAUAGCAAAAGAUCUUAAGGAAUUGGGAGGGAGAGUUGAAGGAUUUCUGAGCAAAGAUAUUAGCUAUCUGAUCUCUAAUAAAAAGGAAGCAAAAUUUGCUCAGAGUCUAGUACAAGCAUCUCCGGUUCCAAGCCCAGAAUCUGUAUAUAAUGGAGGAAACAGUUCACCUCAUCCAAGCAGCAGAAGAGAUAGGCAUGAUGGAAGUUCAUUUAAGAUGGUGGACACAGUGCGCAUGAGUAGAGGAAAAUCCUUAGUUGAAAAAGCAAUAAAAGAACAGGAAUUAAUCCCAUCAGGUAGUAUACUAUCGAAUGCUUUGAGUUGGGGAGUGAAAAUACUUCAUGUUGAUGAUAUUAAGAAUUAUAUUGAUCAAAAGAAAAACCAUCUCUCUUUGAUAAAGAAAGCAAGUGCAGAAAUCAAAGAUGUGGAGAAAGAAUCAACUGAUCGCAAAACAAAAAGUAGACUGAAAACUCCCUUUCUGAAAGUAGAGGAUAGAAAGUGUCACUACAGGCCAUUUUACUUGCAACUACCCAGCUUUCCUGUUAUCAACUAUUUUAAUCCACGACCUUAUAGCCCAUUUGAUGUAGAAAAGAAGAAUGCUAAUGGCCAGAAGCAAAUUCAAAAUAAACAAAGAAACCCAGCAAACACUGACAAAGAAAAGGGCCCACUUCAGGUUCCUGUGAAACAUAAGAAGAGAAAAGGCUAUUGUGAAUGUUGUCUGAAGAAGUAUGAUGAUCUUCAAGCUCAUGUUGAAAGUGAACAACAUCAAAACUUUGCACAGAGUUCUCACUAUCAAGUUGUGGAUGACAUCAUUUCCAAGUUUCCUUGUGAUUUUUUAGAGUUAAGAGAGAAUACACCAAAAAUUAAAAGGCAAAAAUGUAGUAUUGGACAAUUUGCUCCUCUCAUUGGAGCAAAAGCAGAAGAAUUGAAAGAGCGGCUGAAGAGGCAAGAUAUUCCAUUAAGAUGGUAUUCUAGGAAAAGUAUUACAACUCAGACGCUGAAAGAAAGUCCUCAGCACAUAGACAUUCAUCCAAAAUCUGCACACAAAAAUUCUACCUCUGAACCUUCAUGUUCUGCUUUUUCAUACCAUACCAUCUGUUCCUCAGAAGAAUCAAGAAAAGUGAGUGGCAAUACUGAAAGUGGCAAAAUGCUAAAACCUGCCAAAUUAACGGAGAUUGUUUUAUCAACAAACUUGGUACAACUACCUUGCCAGAAAGAAAGUCAGCUGUGUAUGAAAAACUUGCCUGAAAUUUUUGACCAUUAUGAGCCUUUGUCAAGACAGAAUUCACAAGGGUUGUCAACAAAUUUAAAUUCACUACAUAAUCAGAUUCAAGGCCCUGAGUUUAGUGAAAGGAGCAACACACCAAAGCCAAAGCGAAAAUUGAACAGUACAGUUCUUCUUCCAGCAAAAUGUUUGAAAAAGUUAGACACCCAUUCAGCAAUUGAUCUUGGUGCGGGGAACAAUUUUCCAAAAGAACUUUCAGUCCUUCUAGAGACAGAAAAGCUACCACAUAGUCCUCCUGAGCCCAGUGAGCUAACAGACAUUAGUAUACAAAGCUCUCCUUCUAUAAGAUUCAGCAGAAAAGUUGUACAUUCUAUAGGAAGGAAUAAAAAUGGAAGUCAGAAACAAAAUAUGGAGUUAUGCUUACAGCACACUGAUGAGCCACCUGUUCUAGAGGAAAUGAAAAAUCUACAAAGCUCGUCAACGCAGGCACUAUUGCAGUUAUUUCAGACCAGUGAUGCAAAUUCUGAUUUUGGGGGUUUUUCAAGUAUGCAAGACAACAAAGAUUCAAGUUUAAUGAAAGAGACUUGGGACGACCAGCAUACAGAUGCUCUCUGGUCUUUGUUUUCUACUUCUGCCUCAUCAUCACCAUUUAUUGGAUUUUAAUGCUGCUUUAUUUAAAACAAUGAGUUUUGAAUAAACAUGGCAACUGAAACA